GUAUGCAAGACAUUUCACGUGACGAUUUUUCAAUAUUAAAUGAAGGUGAUGUUGCUGCCCAACCUACAGAGAAGGAUUUGUGUCCUACGCUAAUUUGCAGAAUUCAAAAUACGUCACCAAUAAACUCUACUGCCGCAAACUUGCCAAAACAGUUAAAUAAUGAGGAUAAUGCAGCACAAUCAUUUGCUGCUGUGAAAUUGGAAGAUAUCAACACAAUUGAUUUAUUUCCUUCUCACUCUUCCACUUGGCAACAACAUCCCAUGAAUGCCAGUCAUGACUUAGGUCACCAUCGUAUGUUUAUAAAUACUCACAACCGUUUUGACCACAAUAAUACAAAGUUAUUACUUCAGGGAUCCGAUGAUCCAUUAAUCAGUCAUGGGGCCAAUAAUGUGUUAUCUCACGAUGAUGAACAUCCAGCAGAUUUCGCAAAAAGUCUUAAUACGCAAGCCAAUAAUCAUCUUCAAUACACUGUAAACAAGCAAAGCCACCACGAAGGGCUACCUAAAUUGUCGAAUCAACAAACUGGCCCGCAACGUCUUGUUAAAAGUGGUUGUAGCAAUUUGACAAAACAACAGCUUAAGGUUAAAGCUAAUCUUAUGAGUGCUCGAAACCAACAACAGCAACAAAGUCAAAACAAUACUUCAUCGCUUAAUAUAUCCACAGCACCCACCACAGUCAAUCAAAAGCAUCAACGUUCACAAAAGACAAAAAAUAAGAAAGGAACAACCACAGUUAAAUUAAGAUUCCAUCAUCAGGCAUUGCCUCCUGAAUAUCUCAGUCAUUAUGAAGCUACUCAGGGCCAACGACGACUGUCUAAAAAUCUGCCGAAACUUAAUAUAUCUAAUCAGCGGAGUUCAUCUAAAUCAUCAAAUAGCCUUCAGAAACAAUCUCAGCCUAGAAAUUCUCAUGAAAAUGUGCGCAGUUGGCUUCAAAAAAUUGCCGAAAUACAAAGAACCGCUAACGCUUCAAAGGAAACUGCUAUUCAGGCACAAAAACAGAUACAGAAACAUCACUGUCAACCUAACACAGACAAAAGAUAUGAAUCCCCGAGAACUAUAACUCGUAUACCAAAAGAUGCCAACAAUAAUUCUCAAUUACAAAGCGGGCAUGAAACACAAAAUAAGUCCAGUUUAACACAUCUUCCCACACAUGACGGCUCUUUAAUUGCGGAAGUCAAUAACUAUUCGAUUUCUAAGCGAUCCUAUUAUUCUGAUCUCCCUUAUAUGGGAGAAAUAACACUAGACAAUUGUAAACCACGAAGAGGUCGCAAGCCUAAAAAAUCUGAUAUCUGUCACUUAAUCUAUAAGAAUUAUGGAACAAUACUACCUAAGAAAACCAAACCCGAAAACUGUUUUAAUUAUUCUUCUCCUUUUUUGAAUGUGGAAAAUCACAGCAAUAAGAAUGAAGGAUAUGAGCAACCAUUGAAUUUAUGUUUACGUGAUCAACUGAAUGAUUCUUAUUCAAUUUCAAGCGGCGACGAACUGUCAGAAACAAAUUCCAGCUGUCCCACCCCCGUAAGCACCCCACACGAUUAUGUCCGUGAUUCAAUGUUGGCUAACAAUCUAAAGAACACUUUAAGCAAUAUCAAUGAAAAAACCAAUGACGAAAAUGUCAUAAAAACAUCGUACAAACCUUCCACGACAACAAGUGAAGAAAAAGUAAUGCAUCCUAUUACUAUGUAUUAUCAAAAAUUAUUGGAGAGUGGUGUGCUUCUACAUAAUGUCAAUGGUCCAUUUAAGACUAUACAAAAAGACAAUCAACUAGCUUUAAAAAUUCCCAUACCAAGUGGUCUUUUUCUGCCACAAAAAUUAGAAAAAUUUACAAAUAGUCCCAUUGGUUCAAACUUGGAAUAUCCGGAUCCAUUGUCAACACCUUCUUCUAUCAAAUCGGAUACAUCUUUGGCAACUACUAUAAGUUCUACAACAAAUCAACAACAAAUGGCCCCUCAUAAACGUAAACGCUCAGCUAUUUUUAUACCACCUAUGAAUGUUGAAAAUACAACAAAUCCGGUUACUGAAGUUAGUAUAUGUAAAUUUAAAUUUACCGGAGGUUCUAAGCCUACAUUGCAAGAGAAGAAAAUGGUUUCCGUUGAUGCGGGUGGUAAUUAUCGCUAUUUCAGUGGAACUGGUGAUAAGGCAAGUCGCGGAUAUGAAUAUUUUUCAAGGGAAUGCCUUCAGCAUACGGCCGGUCUACUACCUGGAGUGAAUUGUACUGGCCAAAAGCUAGCUAUAGACAUAUCACCACCCUCAGCUGGUUUAAGCAACGAUUUACUGCAAAUUCCGGAGUCACCUACAUCAUCAGUGCUGCUUUCAGGCAGGUCUAUUAAUGGCAAUACAAUGACGGAUUCAAUUUCACCAAAAUCAACAUCUUAUGAAGUGAGUAAAAAUGAAGCAUGUUCAAAUUCUAUUAAGGAAAAUUCAUCCUAUCCAUCUUCUAGUCCAACAACGUUAUCAAUAAGUCGUUGUGCGGUACAACGUAAAAACAAUACCAUCCAACAACAAUCAAGAAAAUCAAGCCAAAGGGAAAAACUGGAAAAAACGUUUAAAGAACAAGGGUUUCUCAUACAGACACAACAAUUGGAAUCAGCUGAAGGUGCUACAUAUUGUAAAUUUAGGCAAUUAAAGAAAUUUACACGAUAUUUAUUUCGUAAUUGGAAAGAUUAUUUACCGGACGGAUUACAAGAAAAUACAAAUACUGCAGCAUUAAUAUCUGUGACUGAUAUUUCAUCACUGACAGCUGAAAAAGUGAAUGCCGCAAAAUAAUAACAAAAAAAAUUAUUGUGGAAAUUUAUAAUACGUAUUUUAAGUUAUAAUAAUUAAAUAAUAGCUUUAAUAUAAUCUAGACACUUUGUAAACUAGCUUUUAAGAUUAAAAAACAUUUUUAAAUAGAUUAU